AUGGCUAAAACAAACGAUAGCAUUCUUGAUGGUUUGAAUAAUGAUGGUACAUCAGCAGACGACCAGCAAGAAAAUAUUUGGUCUUCAAUUCUAAAAGGAGUAGCAUCUUCUAAGAUUGUUCCCACCAAAAGUUUACUGAUUCUAGGUGAUAGAGAGUCUGGAAAAUCUACUCUCAUCAGACACCUUAAAGGCGAAGAGGAUGAAGACGUUUAUGAAGCAAAUGGCAGUGUUUCAAAAAGCGUAGGCACUGACACUGAUGAUUUGGUUAAUCAAAAACUUUCUCAUAACGACUUGGCACUGAGUUAUACCUUUGUAGAAGUGAAAGAUGACGAUGCAGAAGACACACUUGCUCGUCUCGGAUUAUACCAAUUAGCAGGCUCACAAGAAGCCUAUCAAUCUCUCCUUCGUUUCGCACUUAAUUCUUCAACUCUUCCAGAUUCCCUUGUAGUCAUUGUUUUGGAUUGGGCUCGUCCGUGGACUUUUGUUGAAACCUUACAACGAUGGGCUAAAUUCCUUGAAAAAGGUAUUGAGAAUAUAAAAACAGAAGGUGCUGUGGGUGCUAAAGAUGGAUGGACUAAAGGAAAAGCUGUUGUUGACGAAAUGAAAGAAGCUCACACAAAUACCACAAAUGGAACAGGAGCCUCUUCGGCCGAAGCAGAAACUGUUGCAUUGCCUUUAGGCCCUGGUACACUGGUCACAAAUUUGGCUGUACCAUUGGUGGUUGUUUGUACCAAGUCUGAUAAUGUCUUUACAUUAGAAAGAGAAAAGGACUAUAAAGAAGAACAGUUCGACUUUAUACAGCAAAGUUUGAGAACGAUUUGUCUUAAAUAUGGUGCCGCACUCUUUUAUACAACUACGCGACAACCUAAAACGUUCAUCAACCUCCGUAAAUAUAUUCUUCAUCGACUUCUCGGAACUAUGGCAUCCCACAGUGAUACAAAGUCUUAUGUUUUUAAUAUUGAACCAACAUUUGUUGACCGUGAUACAGUAUUAGUCCCCGCUGGGUGGGAUUCUUGGGGCAAAAUUGGUGUUCUAAGAGAAGGAUUUGAUUGUAAUGGAUUGCUCAAAGGAUGGGAUUUAGAUGUUACUGGCAAAGCUGAACAACUAGAGGGAGAUAAUGAUCAUGUCGAUGAAAUUCUCAGCGCUCGGAAAGUAUUUGAAGAUGUCGUGAAACACGUUGAAAAUGAGAAGGAAUUCUUUGCUCGUCAUGUUGAAACCUUAAAACAAGCCAAUAGUGAACGUCCACCAUCAGUUGUUGGACCAAUGGGUGCACCUCAAUAUACAUAUGUGAAUCUUGGUGAAGAAAUUCCGGAUCUCGAUGUUGCUCCAGUUCCCAAUUUACAAAAUUUACCUGCCAAACCAAUCAGAAGCAAAUCAACUCCCGCAACUUCUUCUCCGCCUCCUGGUCAACUUACAAAUGGUAAUACACCAACAGUUCCAAAUGGAACAAAUGGAACCUCUUCUCAAAACGAAGUUCUUGCAAACUUCUUCCAAGCUUUACUUACUAAGAAAGCAACUCAAACAUCUACUAAUACGGGAUCUUCACAAGAAACACCCCCGAAUGAUGUACAAGGCGGUAUGAUUAAUAAUAAAUCUCCCAAUCCAUCAAGAAAGACAGUGAAAAAGGAAUUAGAUAAAUUGAGAGGGAUACCUAGCAAUACUGCAGUUAGUACGGCUGCCAACAGCCCCUUGAGAACUGACGGCCAUGAAGAGGUAGAGGACGAUGAGGAAAAUAUAGAAGAGAAAGAAAAAGAGGGGUUUAAGGACGAGUACUUGGAGAAAGAUUUUUUGCUCAGAUUGGAAAACGAAAUCGAAGACUUUGGAAACGGAAUGCAAUACCAGAGAAAGAAGGAUAUUAAAGUCUCAGCAGAUUCAAAAUAA